AUGCGGUAUUCUUGGCUGCUGCGGGUUAUUCCAUCCUUGGUCCUUGUUCUCGAUUACGUCGACAGCACAUUUUCUCUUCAACUCGGUUUGAGACCGACAUUUCGCAGGUUCCUCACAGUUCAAAGUUGAAAAAAGUUGGUUUGGCAAGGCAAAUAGAACACUUGACCCGUUUCCGAAAAAAAAAUGAAACUCAAAUAUCUCAUCUUUUUCAUUUUCUUUUUAAUUUCAAGUAAAAACAUUGAAUAAUUUAAAAAAAUUCCUUCAUCAAGCCAUAUAUAGACAGAAAAAGCGGAAGAUCUUCAGACGAAAAACCAGCGAAUUUCAAUCUUUCUUGAGAUAAGAAACCGAAAGUGGAGGAAAAACGGGGAUUAGAUUUUCUGUCUUUUUAAUCAAUUACAAAACCAUAAAAGGUUCAAAGAAGUAGUUGAGAGAAGGUACAAAUAUUUUCUAUUCAUAUAACUUGUUGAUUUUCUCUUAUUUUAUUCCGAUCAGAUCAUACAAACGCUCGAUAGAGUCUAACCUCGCGCUAAACGAUCCCAACGCAAUUUGCCGCAAUGGCGGAAUUUAUUCCGGCGGAAUUUGCCACUGCAUCCAUCCACAAACCGGCUCUCAUUGUCAGCACUUCGCUUGCGGUUCUGUCUUACUCUAUUCCAAGCCAACAUUCAGUUUCAGUACAUGGGACGUCCGUGGGACCUCGCUAUGACCGCAACAGUCUGUUCUUCGCAAAGCCAUGUCUCUGCGACGACGGCUGGGACGGCGAAUUGUGCGAGUACAAGCUAGCCGACAAGGUUGGCUGUCAUUCAAUAACCUCGAAGGAGAAUCCUUAGUGUGGGACUCGCGGAGAGUGGAAAAACAACCGCUGCGAGUGCAUAGGCUUCUUUUUCGGCAGCGAGUGCCAGUACACUAGUCGCUGCAUCGAGGGCAAGAUCAAAAACGGUCGCUGUCUUUGCAAUGAGCACUUCGAAGGCGACUACUGCGACCGAAUCGUCUGCUACAAUGGCACUCCCAACUUCAACAACCGAUCGCUGUCCUGCAUAUGUCCGCCGAAAUACACCGGACGUCACUGCAACCAGUGCACGUCGACAAAUCCGCUAGUCGAGAGGUACCCCGUCUGUACGAUCCCCCCGGCCGUCAAGCGCACCGUUGAGAAUGCUUGGGCGAAUCGUCGCAAACAAAAAGAAGAGGUCAGAAAUUGAAACAACAUUCGGGGUAUGUAGGAUGCUCCCAUGGAAGGUCGGAAUCACGACAAAUCUUGACUUAUGUUUUAUUAUUUUAUCCUAAAAUUCUUCAUCUGAAUCUGUUUUCAGAUGAAGAAACGCCUUCGGCUCAUAUCUUUGGCGUUUUGCUUUCUUGUAUUUUUCGGCGCCUUGGUUUUUGUCGGCCAUCUCCUUCGUCGAAAAAAGGCCAAAGCGGUUAUUAUCCGUGGUUCUAUUUUAAAUUUCAGCCUUGAAUGUUUCAGGAUUUGGAGUGGCGCAUGAAAAUGAAAAUGGAUCGUCACCGGCUGCUGACGCACGAAGUGAUGGUUCAGAAGCUGUAACCUCUCACCAGCUAUAAUACUUUGAUGAAGCUGUGUUUCAGAGAAGAAGAGAUGAAGGCUGAAAGAGAGGCGGAAGAGGAAGUGGAGCUUCGACGGCGGGUUUCGGCUCCAGACUUGAUGGUCCGGGUGACCAAGUCUGAUCACCAGUUCAUGAAGGGCGACUUCAAGACUCUCCACACCCGAAUGGACCUCCAGUUCGUCGACGACGACCGAUUUUCUAAACCAUUCGAGUUGUGA